AUGGAAUCACCUAAACAGGUUAACGAUGGCUUUACGAAGGCUUUACCGAAGGUUGAGCUCCAUGCCCAUCUCAGCGGGAGUAUAAGCCGCCAGUGCCUGCAUGAGAUAUGGAAGAACAAGAAAUCAAGAGAUCCAAAUUUCCCAGUGGAGGAUCCAUUGGUAUUAAUGCCUCCAGGCAAAGUCGACUACACUCUACAAACCUUCUUCCAAGUAUUCUCCAAACUCAUCUAUCAACUAUGCAAUGACCUAGAAAGUCUAGCCUACGCCACCAACUCCGUCCUGGAAGAUUUCCAAAAUGACGGAGUCCGCUACCUAGAGCUCCGAACAAUCCCCCGCGCAUCCCCAAACACAAACAUCACACGAGAAGAGUACCUAACUACAGUCCUGGACACAAUAUCAACCUUCAAGGCCCGCACCAAAACCCAAAUGUCGGUCUUCCUGAUUCUAGCUCUCGACCGCGGAAACACGACCGCUACCCAAGCACAGGAAAUAAUCGACCUUGCUAUCGCCAACAAGCAGCGUGGGGUUGUAGGCGUCGACCUUUGCGGGAACCCGACGCAAGGCGACGUUACCAUUUACCGUGCCGCGUUUGCAAAGGCGAAGACCCAUGGGUUAGGUCUCACGCUGCACUUUGCCGAGACACCGGCCUCGGGCGUGCGAGAUGAAUUGGCGGUGUUGCUGUCGUUUCGGCCUGAUCGGCUGGGUCAUGUUAUUCAUGUUCCUGAUGAUAUUAAGGCGGUGAUUGUGAAGAGGAGGCUUGGGCUGGAGCUAUGCAUGUCUUGUAAUGUACAUGCAAAGUUGAUUGAUGGUGGAUUCUUGGAUCAUCAUUUCGGGUCAUGGAGGCAUGAGGAUUGCCCAAUUGCGUUGUGUACAGAUGAUGUGGGUUUCUUUUGCAGCCCUGUCUCAAAUGAGUAUCUGCUCGCGGCUCAGCAUUUCGGGCUUGAUCGUGCUGAGCUAGUCACAAUGUGCCGAAAGUCGGUUGAUAUGAUCUUUGGUGGGGAACAGGAGAAACAGAGACUGCGUGCAAUUCUUGACGAGUUCGCAGGAUCCAUGUUAAACAUGGAAUAA